GAAAUGAAAUUGAAGAAGGAGCAAGCAAAAGAUGCAGCGUCCUCACGCCGUAGUAAUCCCAUACCCGGCUCAAGGCCAUCUCAACCCUCUCCUCAAACUCGCCAAACUCCUCCACUCUCGCGGCUUCUUCAUCACCUUUGUCAACACCGAAUUCAACCACGCUCGCCUCCUCCGUUCGCGGGGGCCGGACUCUGUCGCCGGCCUGCCGGACUUCCGAUUCGCAGCCAUCCCCGACGGCCUCCCGCCUUCCGACAAGGACGCAACUCAAGACAUCCCCCAACUCUGCGAAUCCCUCAGAAAGAACGGCCUGCCUCCUUUCAUGGACCUCGUCCACACUCUCAACCGAUCUUCCCAUUGCCCCGCCGUCACCUGCAUCGUCUCCGAUGGCCACAUGAGCUUCACCCUCGACGCCGCCGAUCGCCUCGCCGUUCCUGCCAUCUACUUCUUCACCACCAGCGCUUGUGGGUUUUGGGCGCACACUCACGUUGCUGGACUCAUACAAAGGGGAAUAUGCCCACUCAAAGAUGAAAGCCAAAUAAGCAACGGGUAUCUGGAGGCGACCGAAAUCGAGUGGGUGGAAGGGUUUCGAAACAUGAGGCUGCGAGAUUUCCCGAGCUUCGUACGGACCACCGAUCCCAACGACAUCAUGAUCAACUACAACUUGAUACAGACCGGCAACGCCGCCAGGGCCACGGCGGUCAUACUCAACACAUGCGACGGACUGGAGGAGGACGUCCUCCACGCCCUACGGCAGAGAUUCCAGAAGGUUCUAUCCAUAGGGCCACUCCACCUCCUCGAACGAGCCAUCAAAGAUCCACAGCUACAAGCAAUCGAUUCCAGCCUCUGGAAGGAAGACGACGCUUGCAUCCCAUGGUUGGACGAGAGGCCCCCGCGCUCUGUGCUCUACGUUAACUUCGGCAGCAUCACGGUGGUCUCCGCCGCGCAGCUGCUUGAGUUCGCCUGGGGCCUUGCCAACUGCGGCCACCACUUUUUGUGGGUAAUCAGGCCCGAUUUGGUAAGCGGGGAUUCGGCUAUCCUCCCCCGCGAUUUCUCAGAAGAAAUCGCAGGGAGAGGGAUGAUGGUGGGGUGGUGCGCGCAGGAGCGUGUGCUAGCGCACCCUACUGUGGGAGGGUUUUUGACGCAUUGCGGGUGGAACUCAACUAUCGAGAGCGUGGCUGAGGGGCUGCCCAUGAUUUGUUGGCCCUUCUUCGCGGAGCAGCAGACAAAUUGCCGAUACAUGUGCGCGAACUGGAGAAUAGGAGUGGAGAUGGAGGGAGAGGUGAGGAGAGAGAAAGUGGUGGACGUGGUGAAACAAGUGAUGGAGGGGGAGAAGGGGAAGGAGAUGAGGAUAAGAGCUCGAGAGUUGAGAGACAAGGUUCGAGGUGCUGCGGAACAUGGUGGAUCAUCUUAUCGCAAUUUGGACUUGCUCGUCAACGAAAUUCUGCUUAAGAAAUGAUUUGAAUUGUUUCUUGUUUAUUCACACACAUAAAAUUCUAUUGGCCCAGAUAAGUCUGUUCAUACUGAUUGAUCGGUUAUCAAUCUUGUUAAUUACUCGUCAGUUAGUCAGCUUGACCGAUGACUGAAUAUAUUCGGAAUGUGGUAGCUAAUAAUCGGUUGGUGAAAAUCUCUUUGAUUAUCAAA